AUGCCGAUCCGUCCUCUCGAUGAAUGGGCCGUGGGCCGCACCCAAUCCCUUCCCCUCUCUGCGCUAAAGGGUGCGGUGAUCGGUCUCGAUGCGUCGUAUUACAUUCAACAACACCUGGUCAACCAGUCCACCCGAGAGGCCCUGCUAGGCGCCCUGGGCGGCUUUCCCUUCGCCUUGAAGGCCAACAUCGAGAAGGAGCUACAGACCUUCAAGAAUCUAGGUGUCGGUUGUAUCUUUGUCUUCAAUGGCCUGCAUUUUGGCAAGAAAGAUGAGAAGCCUCGCAACCAGUCCGCCAUGGUACGCUCAUUUGAGCAAGCCUGGGAGCUGUACGACCAACAGCAAGCGGACCAAGUUGUGGAUGCCUUCAGCAAUGCCGGUAUGACCAAUCUCCUUGCGCGGAUGUCGGAUAUUUGGUCUCCUUCGCUGCCACCCAAAAUCCUUGACAUCUCCCCGCCGAUAGCCCUAAUCGACACUGACGAUGAAACCUCAGGGACCCCACCCCCGGAAACCCUCUACAAGUUCCUGCAGCGGAUCCUAUCCCAAAAUGGCGUCUCAUUCAUGGUGGCUCCAUAUAGCGCUUGCGCGCAGCUCGCCUAUCUCGCCCGUGGCGCCAACCCUGUGAUCGAUGCCAUCUACGGGCCUUCCGAAGCCCUUCUGUUUGACAUUGAUAAGCUGGUCACUCGCAUCGAGCUCGAGCCCGCGCAAUUUUCCUGGCUCACAAAGCAGACUCUCCUGGAAGAACUGGGUCGUCUCUCUAAUGACCAAUUCCUAGACUUCUGUUUGCUCCUAGGGUCACCCUUCCUGCGAUCCUUCCCGCUGUUCGAGAACCCUGCCUUCCCCGGGAAGCUCCCUACCGUUCGCGAUGCAUUGCCCAUGUUCAAUGCCGCUGGCCGAAGUGCUCUGGCGUUGUGUGCUCAGUUCGAGGAUGAGCGCCGUAUGCAGGAGCCCGACUACACGAAGCGAUACAAGCGGGCAUAUCUGGUUGUCAAGCACCAUGUGAUUAUUGAUAUUGAUGGUCGGGUUGGUCCCAUGGACCAGGAGCACACGUCAUCGGACAUGCACGAGCUUAUCGGCCUGCGCCUGCCCGAGGAGUUAUACUUCUACUUGUCCAAGGGUGUUCUUGGCCGAGAUGUACCCAACUUCCUUACAUCUGGCGAAGUUCGCCUUUCGCUCCCUCUGGGCACCGAAGAUACUGAUGUUUACCGUCAACUCGUGGCCGAUACUCUGACUCCAAUUAGGGCGCAGUCAAUUGGUCUCCUGGCCAAUUGCCUCCACAGAUUUUACCAGACGAAAAUUAUCACCAUUCGACCCUGGUUCGACGAAAACUCAGAAGAGAGGCAGAUUAACCUUAGGGAGCUCCCAUCAGUCAAGGAGACCAUUCAAGCCUGGAGAGUUUCCGGUGAUAAGUUCACCGAGGAUGUGAAACAAUUGCAGGCACCUCGGGGGUCCUUCAAGUUUGCCAUUCAGAGCUUGAACCACCCUGAAUUCGUAGCCAAGACAUUCGCGAACAGAGAAACACCCAUCUUGUCAAAGCAAGAUGAUAUACUGUCGAACGUGAUGUGGCGAUUCUUGCAGCUGCGUGGAUACGUUGACGACAAGCACAAUCUGACCAGCUGGGGCAAGUGCCUGGAGCAAGCUCUGUCGGCUGUGGAUCCUGCUGAUAACCUGGAGGAUGCUAUAUUCAUUGCGAUUGAGAUGCUCCGCAUGAACCUUCUUAACACGAAACACUGGUUCUCACAUGUCUCAGGCGGCCCAAUGAGAGGCUCUGAGGAGGACAAGACGUUCAACAUGCUGGUAUCCCGUGUGGCCUGUAUCGCCAAGUUGCAGCACAAGCCUAUCGGAUACUCUGGCCCUCUUAGCCGACAACUCCUUUGCUACCGCUCUCUGAUAUCCGAAGUUCGCACCGCAUUGAGGAAUCUCAUCGAGGUCGUGCUGACGAGUCUACUACUGAGUGGUGAGGUCGAUCGAGACCGGAAUGACUGGGUUGAGCUAGGCAUCAAGCUACCUUUCAUUGACGAUAAUGAUUGCGGUCUUGGAAUCGCUGUUCGGACCUACCUGGAUGAUCUGCCCCUGCAGGCGAAUCCCACCUCGCCCGAGGCUCGACAAGAAGUGAAGUCGAAGGGCAAGGAAUGGUUCCAGCACAGCGAGAGCUUCACCGGAAAUCUGGAUCUGGCUUUCAAGCUGUGGGAUGCGGUCCACAAGGGGACACAGAACGCCGGCAAGGAGUUCAAGGAGGCGAAGCUUUGGGAUGAUGCUAACAAGUGGUUGGCGGAACGACGAUGA